AUGUCUUUCAUAAAACCAAUCUUGCUCAGUGUCUCCUUAACUUUCUUCUUCUUCUCACUCUUCCUCGGUUCCUCCUCGGCGCAAACCGUCGUGAAAGCGUCGUACUGGUUUCCGGCGAGUGAGUUUCCGGUCACUGACAUUGACUCAUCUCUCUUCACACACCUCUUUUGUGCUUUCGCUGAUCUCAACUCACAAACCAAUCAAGUCGUUGUCGCUUCAGCAAACCAAGCAAAAUUCUCAACCUUUACACAAACCGUACAACAAAGAAACCCUAACGUUAAAACGCUUUUAUCUAUCGGCGGUGGAAUCGCCGAUAAAACGGCUUAUGCUUCCAUGGCAAGUAACCCAACUUCUCGAAGAUCUUUCAUUGAUUCUUCGAUUAGACUUGCUAGAUCUUAUGGAUUCCAUGGUCUUGAUCUAGACUGGGAGUAUCCGAGCACUCCGACCGAAAUGAGCAAUUUCGGAACGCUAAUUCAAGAAUGGCGAUCGGCGGUUGUGGCGGAAGCAAGCAGUAGCGGUAGACAGCGUUUGCUUUUGGCGGCUGCGGUUUUCUACUCUAACAAUUACUAUUCGGUAUUGUAUCCGGUUCAAGCCGUUGCUAAUAGCUUGGAUUGGGUUAAUCUUAUGGCUUAUGAUUUUUACGGACCGGGUUGGUCUAGAGUAACCGGUCCACCCGCCGCUCUGUAUGAUCCUUCAAACGCAGGUCCAAGUGGCGACGCCGGAGUAAGAUCAUGGAUUCAAGCUGGACUUCCGGCGAAGAAAGCAGUCUUGGGAUUUCCAUAUUACGGUUACGCGUGGCGGCUCUCAAACGCAAACAGCCACAGCUAUUACGCACCCACUACCGGAGCUGCGAUAUCACCGGACGGUUCGAUCGGAUACGGUCCAAUAAGGAAGUUCAUAGCAGAUAACAGAGCAACGACGGUUUAUAAUGCCACGGUGGUCGGAGAUUAUACUUACUCCGGUACGACUUGGAUUGGAUACGACGAUAAUCAGAGUAUCGUAACGAAAGUUAGAUAUGCUAAGCAGAGAGGUUUGCUUGGUUACUUCUCGUGGCAUGUUGGAGCUGAUGAUAAUUCUGGUCUAUCUCGUGCAGCGUCACAGGCAUGGAAUGCUGCGCCUGCAACCGCCAGUAUCAUACGGUCUUAA